UGUGUUCAGCUUCACUCCCUCAUUCCCCUCAGCGACACUGACAUCAUGGCGGACGCCGAUUCUUGGGAUGCUGAUAGUUUCGAGCCCGAUGAGCCCAUCAAAAAGGCGGCAGCUCUUGACAAAUGGGAGGGCGAGGAUGAAGAGGAAGACGUGAAAGAUAAUUGGGAUGAUGAUGAAGAGGAAGAAAAGGAGGAGGAAAAAAAGACAGAGGCUGAGGCUAAACCUAUAGAAAAGAAGAAACUCAGUGAAAAGAUAAAAGAAAAGGAAAAUUUACAAAGAAAAAAACAAGAGGAGCUCAGAAAACAAUUAGAGUCGUCAAAAAGCAGCACAGAACUCACACCAGAAGAGGAGCUGGCAGAAAAACUUAGAGUGAAAAAACUACAAGAGGAUUCAGAUUUAGAACUAGCAAAAGAGGCAUUUGGUGUAGUAUCAAAUAAUGUUACAGGAAUUGAUGCAAUGAGUCCCUCUUCAAAAGAAGACUUCACAGAGUUUGAGCGGUUGCUAAAAGAAAAAAUUUCUCCCUAUGAGAAGUCUAUACACUAUUCCAGCUUUUUAGAGACACUGUUUAGGGACCUGUGUCUUUCAUUGGAAGUUGAUGACUUGAAGAAAAUUAGCAACUCACUAACAGUGUUACUAAGUGAAAAGCAGAGGCAAGAAAAGGCAAACAAAGGUAAAAAGAAAAAGAAGGGUGUUUUACCAGGAGGAGGUUUAAAAGCCAAGCUGAGAGAUGAUCUGGCAGACUACGGGGAGUUUGACGGCGGUUAUGCACAAGACUAUGAGGAUUUCAUGUGACCAAGGCUUCACCCAUUGAUAACUUUUGCUGAUUGCUGAACCAUACACCUUAACAGCAUGACCUUAUCCCACAGUCAGGCCCACUACCAGAACCAUGCUAGAAAACGUCAGCCCGCGCAAUGCACACUAUCCCCUCAAAGAGGUUUAUGAAGAGAAUGAAUUAACUGAGGUAUUUUUCUCUGUUGUGAAUUUAGGUCAGUGUUUGUCGGAAUAAUAAAACCGAUAAAAUGGGCUCCUCCUCGCAAAUGUGAACCUGCAGUAUCGAUUAAUCGCGACAGUCCAGGCUUAUAUGAAAGAGUGUUAUUGUUCGGUAACUGCUACUUGGAAAUAAAUUACAUUCUAUGCAAAUUUCUUUCCGUAUUGAUCUCAAUUUGCUUCGGUCGUUAUCCUUUUUGAAUGGGAUGUUUCUUUUGCAAACCAGGCCGACUAAGACAACCCCAAUACAACCUGAAGUGACGAUAUCAAAGUAGUCACAUGGUUCAUCAAUCAUGUCUACAAUCAAACGUUUUAUUUUUUGUUCAUAGACGAUAGUGAGCUCAUUUGUUUAGAUAAGUAAAUCUAGAUUGUAGCAUACUUAAUGUAAGCAUAAUACAUCGAAAAUAACUCCUUUACGUUUGUAGCUCCUAAUGCAUUCCAUGUAAAGUCUAAGACCAAAAGUAUCACUAAAUGAACUGUUUUAAAGAUACAUUGCAGCGUUAUUAGGAUUACCUCAAUUUUUGCAGAGCAAAAUAUGCGAAUUACAAAUAUAACUCAUGUUUUCAAUGCAGCAAGUUAUGCAGUUACUCAUUUGACCUCAACCAUGCCAGCAAAGAAUGAGCGUGAUUCUUCUGCUGCUGAUGAAUAAGGGACUGAACGUUGAUGUAGGGUCUUUUCAGGCAUCGUUGUUUGGCUUUCCAUUUUCUUGACAACUUUAAGUGUGGUAGACAUGCUUUAAAGAGACUUACGAUCAGCAAAGCCGAUAAUAGGACUCUGCACUGUUUUAUAAAGAUCUAAUUUAAUAAAAGUUGCUGAAAAAUCA